AUGCAGUUUGCUAGUAGCAGGGUUCUGGAGAAGCAUACCGGCGACCUGUAUCGCAUCACCCAAAAGACAAACGAAGCUGUGAGGCAGUACCUAGAUCGAUUCAACAAGGAGAUGAUCUCAGUCAAGAACCUGGAUGUUCCCACCGCUAUUGAAGCAUUCAGGAGAGGACUAACCUAUAAAUCCAGAUUGUAUUAUGAAUUGACCAGGUACCCAUGUGGCACAUUCGAGGAGGUUAGAGCCAGGCCUAUGGCUGAAAUCCGCGUCGAAGAGGACGAAGCGUCUAGGUACGGAAGUGAGCCCAGCUAUGAUCGAAAAUCCCUGAAUCAGAAGAAAAGUGAUUGGCGCCACCAGCCAUACCAAAAGCGCGAAAGCAACAAUGUAGCCAGCAAGGCCACAGGUAAACCUGCUAAUAAUGAUUACCCUUCUAUUGCUUCCUAUUGCUUUAAUGUGGAUGCAGGAGGCAUAGUAAACACACUCAAAAAGCUGGGGACAACCGUUAGAUGGCCACGCAAAAGCGACAGACCAGACAGCGAGAAGGAUACCACCAAGUGGUGCAGCUAUCAUGGUGACCAUGGUUAUCGGACGGAAGACUGCAACGCCCUCAAAAAGGAAGUAGCUUGGCUGCUCAAAAAGGGCUACCUCGAGCAUCUGAUGGGAAAGAAAGGGCAGCGAGAAGACAAAGCUGGCUCUAGCCAGCAGCAACCUCAACCACCACCUGAACCCCUACACGAUAAGGUAAUCAAUUUUAUCUCAGGUGGUUCAGAAAUAUGUGGACUAACAUACUCUGCAGCUAAGAGAUUCGCCCGAGAAGGCUCCAAAACCGCACCAAUCCCGCUGAGAAGCGCAGAAGAGAAAAAGCUCAGGAGUAUGACCAUUAGCUUCGACGAAGAUGAUGGGGAGAAGAGCUGCAAUCAAUGA